ACUCCUUCCUGAGCAGUCCAAUAAACUUUGCGACCUCCUUCAACUUUUUGUGUGAUGUCUCACAAGAAACCCGUCUUCCACUAAAAAAGAUGCAUAACGUGCAGCCAACACAAGUUGUUCUUGAAGCUUUGAAAAGGCGAAAGGAGUGAGGACCGUAGCAGCGUGCGAUUCCAUGGGAGCUCCUAUUUUGAGGCAAACAUUUGAACCGUAUUCCGUCACUUUCGACGGUAUUGUAUGCUCAGUUGAUAUGCCAGCGGGAAUGAAGGAACACAGUAGACACAGGAAAAACGCUUGUAUGUACUAUCCAACAGCCUUGAUUACCUCUCAUCAUCUCCGUCGCAACUCGACCACUGCAACGGAGUUACCUGUUCCAACUGAACAUGACAGUCCGACACCAAAGAUUCCAUUCUCGAUCCUUCAACAGAAAUACGGAAUAGAGGCCUUCAUCAAACAGGGGACUGUAUACAUCGGUACUGGCGGGAGGAUUUGGUAUUCUAGUGCAGUGCAAUACAGUUGUUACAGAUAAAACAGUGAUGAAACUUGUAUAGCUCUGAUGCAAUACUGCUCAUACUCUGUCCUGAAUAAUCCUUAAACAUGAUUGCACCGGCUAAUAUUGUAAACAAAGUGGACAGUGCAUAAUAGAUUGGAGAAACCACUGUUGUGUUCAAAGUAUCCAAUGCCAUAUUAAGGUGAUUUAAACUAGUAAUGAUGCAGGAAAUGCCGACCAUUGUAAAAUCCAUGUUUGAAAGUAAAUAUUUUGAUUUGAACCAUC